AGUUUCGGCAGGACAAGCGGCUUGAUGAGCUGCACCAAUUCUGACAGGACUUGUUCAUCGAACCAGUUCUUCUUUUCGCCGGCGACAUAGAUUCUGAGCUCCAGGGCAGCGCCCUGAGAGAUUCGGAGGUAUUUACGAAUCGGCAUAGCGGCUGAUCUCCCGUGCAGGCGUAAUCAGCUUGGGCUCGAGUCGUGUCUCGUUAUCAAACUCGAUUGCGUUCAUCCGGCUCCAUCUUUUUUAUCUCGGCACAAUCACAACAGUGAUCUUGAGCUGUCUCUCAACCGACUCUAUAUUGCACUUGCUCUCUCCCAUCAAACCUGCCGACCAUGGCGCAAAUGAAUCCCGAGGGUGUGGCCUCCCUGCUUGACACGGAUUUCUACAAGAUCACUAUGCAAGCUGCCAUCUUCCACCAUUAUCCUGACGUCGAGGUUUCCUACAAAUUCUUCAAUCGUAGCCCGGAAAUGAAGCUCAAUGCGCCUGCCUUCAGUUGGCUGGAAACGCAGGUUGCCCGGUUGGGCGAUCUGAGCAUCGCAGACGACGAGAUUGCAUACUUGCGUUCGCAUUGUGCCUAUCUGCCUGACAAGUACCUGGAGUUCCUGCGGCAGUUCCGUUUGAGACCUCAAGAGCAAGUUCACCUAUGUAUUGAUCAAGAUGGUCAGCUCCAAAUUUCCAUUGAAGGCCUUUGGAAAGAAACAAUCUUGUAUGAGAUUCCGCUCUUGUCGCUCGUGUCAGAAGCGUACUUUAAAUUCGUCGAUACAGACUGGACGUACGAUGGCCAAGUUGAGAAGGCUUCAGCAAAAGGUAAAGCGCUUCUCGAAGCUGGCUGCCUCUUUUCUGAGUUCGGCACUCGACGAAGACGCGACUACAAGACGCAGGACCUUGUCCUACAAGGUCUCUUAGCAGCUGCACAAGGCAAAUCAGAGGAUGUAUUGGGUCAGUUGGUCGGCACAUCCAACAUUCACUUUGCUGCCAGGUACAAUCUGAAGGCGAUUGGCACAGUCGCGCACGAGUGGUUCAUGGGCACAGCUGCCAUCUCUGGCGAUUACUUGCACGCCAACCGGCUAGCGCUGCUCAAGUGGCGCGAAGUCUAUGGCGAUGAGCUAGGCAUUGCCCUGACAGAUACGUUCUCAACAGAUGCAUUCCUAAGGGAUUUUGAAAAAGACUUGGCAACGUCCUUUGCUGGUGUUCGCCAAGACAGUGGAAGUCCAGAAGACUUUGCGAAGCGCAUCGUUGAACACUACAAGAAGCUCGACAUCGAUCCGGCGGGAAAAGCCAUUGUGUUUUCAGACAGUCUCAACGUUAAACGGUGCAUCGGCCUGCAGGAUGUUUGCAAAGGACUCGGAAUCCCAUGCAGCUUUGGUAUUGGGACUUUCCUGACCAAUGACUAUGUGACACAGAGCAAAGGCACCAAGAGCCCGGCUAUGAACAUUGUCAUCAAGCUAAAUUCAGCUGCGGGGAAGCCUGCGGUCAAGAUCUCGGAUGACGUUCACAAGCACACGGGAGACCCAGCUAUAGUAGCGCAAGUCAACAGACUCCUGGGCCACGAAGCAGGGUGAAGUUCUUGAGGAUCAUAGUCGCGUCAAGCAAUUCCAUAGGCGAAGGCAAGUUUUUAUCAUGUGCCCAAAUGAUUGAGUAUGGCGGAUGCUAGGAGGAACAAUUUUGCAAAGGAAGACAUUGCUUAAAAUCGUGCAAACGCUUUGGCACCCUCGCUGUGACGGUCGACCCGGAGGCUGGAAGUCAGUCAUCUUGCUCAUUGAAUGAAUGGGACAAUGCUUACACGUUGAAUCGGACAGUCUUGGACA